CCGGAAGCACUUAACCAGUGCAGACAGCGUAAGCUAACAUUACAUCUUGUUCGUUUGACAACAUUCACUGUCUUCUGUCAGAGCUCAAACAUGUAAUGUACAUUUAAACUGCAUGAAAAGUGCCGACCGCAGACUGAUGUUAUUAUUAUUUUUAUUAUUAUCACAGACAGUGAAAAGGGGAAGCGGCUAAUUUUUAAUGGAGAAACUAAUGAGCGUUUUCGUUUUGCCAUUGCAUUGCUAGUUUUUGUCGUGAAUGUGGACAUGUAGCUGAAGUUAAAUACAUUUUUUGUGCAAUAUCUUUGGAGUUUUCAAUGCCAAAUUGUGAAAUUUGUGCUCGGAAAGGGAAGUGAGGCUCUAACACCCUGCAGGCCUUAAUGUGUGAUUGUUUUUACAUUUGAAACAUCGACAGGGUAUUUGCAUUAGUUUGCUAACGAGCCAGAGUACGGUUACGAUAAAGAUAACUUACAUGAGAAGAGUUAGCGCAGACGGAGCGUUAUAAUGAGUUUCUUUAGUUUUGGACAAAGUGCAGAAAUCGAUGUAGUCCUCAGUGACGCUGAAACGAGGAAGAAGGCUGAACACAAGACUGAAGAUGGAAAGAAAGACAAGUACUUUCUUUUCUAUGAUGGUGAGACUGUCAGUGGAAAGGUAAAUGUGACGUUGAAGAACCCUGGGAAGCGGCUGGAGCACUAUGGCAUCAAAAUUGAAUUUGUCGGUCAAAUAGAGCUGUAUUACGACAGGGGAAACCAUCAUGAAUUUGUUUCCCUGGUGAAAGAUCUUGCAAGACCUGGUGAAAUAACUCAGUCACAGACCUUCGACUUUGAGUUCACUCAUGUUGAGAAACCCUACGAGUCCUACACAGGCCAGAAUGUCAAGCUAAGAUAUUUUCUUCGUGCCACAGUGAUAAGAAGACUAAACGACAUCAGUAAAGAGAUGGACAUUGUGGUCCACACGCUGAGCACAUACCCUGAGCUCAACUCCUCCAUAAAGAUGGAAGUUGGGAUUGAGGACUGUCUCCACAUUGAGUUUGAGUAUAACAAAUCCAAGUACCAUCUGAAAGAUGUAAUUGUUGGAAAAAUCUAUUUCCUGCUGGUGAGGAUUAAGAUAAAGCACAUGGAGAUUGACAUCAUCAAACGUGAGACGACAGGCACUGGCCCGAGUGUUUACCAUGAAAACGACACUAUUGCAAAGUACGAGAUCAUGGACGGAGCACCGGUCAGGGGGGAGUCCAUUCCUAUCCGAUUAUUUCUGGCGGGAUACGAUCUGACACCCACCAUGCGAGAUAUCAACAAGAAGUUCUCUGUGCGCUACUACCUGAACCUGGUGCUGAUUGAUGAGGAGGAGAGGCGCUACUUCAAACAGCAGGAAAUCACACUGUGGAGGAAAGGAGAUGUGGUGAGGAAGAGCAUGUCUCACCAGGCAGCCAUCGCCUCUCAGAGGUUCGAGGGUUCGGCUGCUUCAGAGAGCGCGCUGGAACAAGCUGCAAAGGAGGAGAGCGGAUAGAGCCGCCGUCCUCCUCUCACAAGACUCGUCAGCAUCCAUGUCGGAGUGAUGGAGAUACCCAACAACUGUGCAACAUCUGGCGAGGCAGCUGUUUUAUCUGUAGCCGCUGCUGGUGAAAGGAGGAAGAAGGGAGACCAACACACACACACACACACACACACAAACACACUAAAUCUGUGUGUCAACUAUGAAACAAAUUGCAUGAAGCAUUCAGAGUGGCUUCAGGCUGCUGGUCCUGUCCUCCUCCAUUCAUGCAAUUUUGUUUUUCUAAUUCACCUGUCGCCAUGUCUGCUGAGUAACAUCAUAAAGAAUUCUUGUAUUUUUAAGCCUUGUUUUGUUACAUUCUAACACUUUUUAGAUUUGAUUUCUAGUCUCUUUAUUAUUAUAAGUGAUCCGUCAUGAGUUUUCAACCACGCAAAUCUGACAUUCCACGUUUAAUCACAGCAUUCCUUACUUUGUUGUAGGCGCAAGAAAUGACAGUUAACUUUACACUGGUUUAUCUCGCUGAACACGCUUUCUCGUGUGUCUGGACAAUAAUGUUGGACGUAGAAACUGGAAUCUCCUGGUCCUAUUUAAGUAGGACAGCUAAAGUAUUAUCACACUUUUUUUUUUAAUUAAUAUGUAAAUAAGACCAGUUAAACCUGUUAUCCUGUUUCACCUUGUAUACAUUGAUUAUCCAGUAUGCAGUGCUGCAAAAAUUACCUUUCAUGUCCAUAUGCUUUACCUCAGCAUUCCAGUGAUGUUAAGAAAGGUUGUCAAAGUGUUUUUAUUAAGGUCUGGUUGUACGGAGUCUUCUGUAUCCUCUGUAUUAGAGACUUGAAAGUUGUGCCUAUGUUGUGUAUUAAGCAAAUGAAAUCUUCCUGCCUCUAACAUGAUUUUAGUCUUUUAACCAGAGAAAGAAUUACAGUGGAAUUAUCUUUUGCUAAAUGCUAAUCAAUAACUCCUUGUUCCCUAAAGUCCAAUAAAUUGAUGCCAAAUGGAAAAACCUGAAA